AUGCUCGCGAACCCGGCAACUCCGACUCCGACGGCAAAGCCCCAACGGCGACGGAGCGAACAUUUCAUCAUCAACGGCGCAGAGGCGAAAGCCCUGAUUGCUCUCAACGCGCGGUUACACGCCGAGUCGAUCCUCUGGAAUAUGGAGGACGGCGCACAGGCGUACGAGGCGCUGGUAGAACAGCUGUCGACCGGCAGGGUGGUAUUUCGUAAGCUCAACGAGGAUGAGGAUUAUCUGCCACGGGGCUUGGGUGCGAAUGGGGACGCGGAGCCUGGUUUGUACUUUUUCAAGGAUGGGCGGUGCAUUCUGAAGGUUGAGGGUGGGGAUAUGGGGGAGUUGGCGAAGGGGAUGGGGAAGUGCUUAGCUGGAUAA